AUGUCCCAAGAACGACUGACAAGUAGAGACAUAGUAGAGGGAGAGAACGACGACAACCAUGAGAAAACGUUAUCCGUCAAUCCAUAUUUUGCAUAUAAAUUUACAUCGGUACCAUAUGAUCACCAGCCUGCAACAGCUCAGUCUGGAGAAGUCAAAGGAGCUUGGUUCAAACCGGGGCGUGUGUUCUCUGUUCUCUGGCACAAGGCUAGGUGCUCCGAUGAUGCUGACGGUAGCUACGAGGCUGUGUGCUCCGACUAUGCUGACGGUAGCUACGAGGAUUUUCGGCACAUCCGCCAUAUGGUAGUUAUUCGCAAGAGGGAAGGGUACUGCUGGUCUGUUCCAAUCAAGUCUUCUGCGGACCUCGGAGUAGCUACAGUCAGCCUCAGUGAUCGUGAGGAACAGCAGCACACCAUCAUACACAACAACCAGAGCAGUGCGAGAUCAUACCGAGCAGACCUGAUCAAGUCUGGCGAAAGGUUCCUCAACUUCCUGCAGAACGUGGCUCCCAAUUUCGAUGCUUGGUCCUACGCCCUCUCAUGCGUACUCAACAGUGUCAGACCUCUCAGUGUGACGGAGCUCCAGUCAGCCAUACGUCUAUACAGAAACAGCACGAACAGACCUGAUAAAGAAGAUCAAACAGACGCAUUACCACUCAUUAACGCCCUCCGACAUCCAUCAACAGUCUUCCGCGAAGACGAUGCAGGAUAUGUUCAUUUCCUCUCCCCGGCCAUGUACACGUACCUACGCACCUUUCGCAUCAAAGGCCUAGACCCAAGCCACAAGACAAUUGCCUCAAGCUGUCUAGCUGAGCUAGCCUCCGUCAAAGCCGCCAACAACGACGACACAGGUGCUCGUGACGGUGGCUCUGCCUUUGUUACAUAUGCUCGUGAACAUUGGCGAUACCACUGUGAAGCUGCAAGCGCUUCAGGUCCGCUCUUGAUCCCAGCAUCAAAGCCACCUAAACCGCAGCAGUCUGGAGACACGUGCAACGAAGAAGCGUGUGUUACUGCACGGCAUUCACCAGACCUAAAUACCAUGGACAAUGCUGAAGACUGGGUAUACGUCCUCUGA